CCCGCCACGGACGGCCGCGCCAUGGCCGGCGCUCCGCCGCCGCCACCUCUGCCGCUGCUGCUGGUGCUGCUGCUGGGCGCGGCCCGCGCGGCGGGAGAUGAGACCUCCACAGGGUCUCCAGCGCUUACGGCCAGAACUGCCACUGCGGAAGGGGCAGACCAGAUCUUCGAGCCUGCCUACAGCCUGCCGUCCCAGAGCGAGUCAGCUGCCGUCCAGCCGGUUGUGGGGAUCGGCCAGAGAGUCAAAAUGCGAUCCAGCGAAAAGAAGGACCUGGGCACCCUGGGUUACGUGCUGGGGCUCAUCAUGGUAGUGAUCAUUAUUGGCAUUGGAGCAGGAAUCGUCGUGGGCUACGUCUACAAGAGGGGGAGAGAUCUGAAGAUGGUACACGAGCAGAAGGCUGAUGAGCGAGAGAUGCAGCGGAUCACAUUGCCACUGUCGGCCUUCUCUAAUCCAGCCUGUGAGCUUGUGGAUGAGAAUGCUGUGGUGGUGCACACCAGCCAGACCCCCGUGGAGGAAGUGCACGGUGGUGACGUGCCCCUGAUGGGCCAAGCAGGCACCCCUGGAGCUUGAGGAGGGGGCCCAAGAGACAUGCCCUGCUUGGGUCUCCCGAGGCAAAGGCCUCUCCUCCCCAUUCGACGUGAGAGUUCAUUUCUAUUUUAUCUUUUCUUGUUUGAGGAGGAAUAAGGUGCCUGGGCACAGACAAGAUGCCCAAGAUGUGGAAGAAGUAGCUCAUCUGUGGUCCCGUUACUGGGGUUGCGUCUCAAGCCAUGUGAGUCCACAUCAACGGUAGGACUUUCAUCCUAAGUGAAGCUGCACCAUUGAUCUUCUGUGGAUCAUGUGGACUUGCUCUAGUGAGGAUCUGGGGCAGCAUCAAGUGCGGAUGGUUUUCACCAUUCAUGGUGUCUGCAAGUUCCUUUAAGUGCAGGGCUGUGUAAUGGGUGUGAGCUCUUUUUUUUAAGAGUCAGUAUUUGAACAUUUGAAUGUAGGUUUUAUUUUAUGCACAAGUUGACUGCUGUUGCUUGGGAAGCAGUGUUGCAGCCCCUUAGUUAGUAAGAACUUCCUCUCCAAAAGACAGUCCAGGAGAAAGCUUGCCAAAUGCUCUGGGUUGGCUUUUCUGACCAGGGCACAGGAGCUGAACCUUCUGCAAAGAGGCUUCUCUCCCGGGGGGCUCAGUUCUUUGAGACCACGGGCAACUUCUGCUGUGCCUGCAACUGAGAAAUACAGGCUGCGGUGCUCGACAGCCUGCUCUGGAUCUCUGGUAUCACCUUCUAGAGUGGAGACAGAUGAGCUCCCCUCCCUGCACCUUGGGACCCAAAAUGCACCUCAGGGUUUGGCAGGAAUGGAGAAACGAGGGCCAAAGAGUUCAGGCUCAUUUCCGGCUUUCCAAAGGCGUAUGUCAAGGAACUAGGUGUUGAAGGUUACGUUUAUCCUAAAACCAGGAAGUGUUGCCCUGGAAGUGGAACAGUGCCAAGACUGAGCUAGAUGGGCGUGUCAGGAGCCCACCCACGUAUGGUGGUGCAAGUAACUCGGGCUUUCCAUGAAGCUUGGCCAGGCCUUCUCUGCCUGAGCAUAGCAGAGAUGCUGGCGGCUCAGAAGCAAAAUGGAAUUCUCCCAGAAGAGCUUUUUUGUCGGGCUGAACGCAUGCACACAUCUGUUCUGCAGCAAGGACAAACUCCAGCCAUAAAAAAAGCAAACACCUUUCACAGGACUCCAGCUGCCUAGGGUGGAGAUUCCACGUAAGUCAUGUUUAUGCAAAUUAGAAAAGAAUUUUAAAAACAUGUCUUAAAUGCUUUUGGAUACCAUUUCUUUGUAAGUGUUUUAAAUACCUCAUGAUUAUAAAAUAAAACUAUUCAGGUUGUGAGUAG